UUAUACGAUAGGUGUUCUAUGGACAAACAAUCCAUUAGUAUUCUAUUGGGCAGACGGUCAAAUUUUGGAUCACUGGGAUAACUUUGUGUCAGGAGUUUCUCCUAAAAAUAAUGAUGAUAAUGUUUAUGUUAAAUAUUCUACUGGAAAAUGGAUUUUCGAUAUGGGAAGUCAUCAUCAUGUUGCAGCGUGUGAUUAUACGGUUGGUGAACAGACUGACAGACACUACGCCCUCGUUGGUGGUGAUAGUAUGUGUGGACGGUUAGAAGUGUUCCAUGAUGGAUUCUGGGGAACAAUAUAUGACUCAAACCCAGAUAUAAAACUUGGAUAUUUGCUAUGUAAUAAUUUAGGAUAUGAGUUUGAUUCUUACGACUCAUCAUGUGUAUCAAAGGUAGGCACUGGUAUAAUAUGGUCAAAUGAUUUUGUGUGUGUUUCUAAUGCUACGACGAUCGAUGACUGUUUUCCAGGUCAAACAACAUGGGAUACUUCAGUAACAGACCACACUUAUGAUGUGCAUGUCAGGUGUAAAGAAAAACAGACUUCAACAGUAAUAACAACAACAAAAGAAACAACAAGUGGCUCCACGACAGAAGAAACAACAAGUGGCUCCACGACUGAAGAAACAGCUAGUGGCUCAACAACAGAAGAAACAACAAGUGGCUCAACAACAGAAGAAUCGAAAACACCUACAGAAGUUAUACUGUAUCCUUCAACAACAGAGUACUGCUUGACAAAUUGUAACGUUAUACACAAUAUUACAGAGACAGUCACCAUGACACAAGACGUUACUGUAACGGAGACUGUUACGGUCAUUACUACUAUAACUACAUCGGGUACUAUUAUACAUACCAUUUCAUUAUAUAACAGUACGCCUCUGGAUUCUAUAAAAUACAACAAAAGGACUAGUGCGAUGUAUUCCACAACGACAGUAUAUGACAUGAGACCAUCAGCCGUGGUAAUUGGUACCGCUGGUGUUUUUAUACUAUGUGCUAUUCUUGGCUUUGUUAUUGGAACUGAUUGUAUCCAUCUUUUCAAGUUUAUAAUGAACAUACGAUUCAAUAUGACACAUUUGCUUCGUAGAAAAAAUGGCAAAUUUAAUGCAAUGAGGAAAAAAGAAACUGCUGAAAUGUCCGUCUAUACAGUUUACGCUGAGGAUUUAGUGAAAAGUAAUAAUACUUCAACAACUACAAUACUUCAAUCUGAAGGUUCGACAGCUGAUUUAUUAUCAGUAUCUGAUAAGCAAAUCUUUGUAGAAACAUUGUAAUAAAAAACUCAUCUUGUAUUUCCUUUUUCUAGUAUGGAGUAUAACGAAUUGCAUCAAGUUUGUGUAUAUGUUGGUUGAUGUUUUUGUUAGUUUUUAAGGACUUUCCAUUUUUUUUAAUUACCUUGGAGUUUAGUAUUUUUGUUUUUACAUUUUUUAGCGGUGCUUAUGUAGUACCUGCAUUUUCAGGAACAGUAACUGGUGAUAUCAUUUCAUAUGCUUUCUAAUGUAAAAAAAAAAUGUUUAUAUUGGACCAUUUUACGUCUCACAAAUUUUCAUUUGAAUUCCAAAAUUUUGCAUUAAUUGAGAUCUUUACAAAUGUUAAUAAAUGUUGAGAUAUGUUUUAGAUAAGUUAUACCCUAGAUAUUUACAAACGUCUGCAUUGUGCUAAUUGCAUUCAUGUAAUGGUUAGGCAAUUGUAGUUUAUUCCAUCAUUUACCGUUAAAAUUAUCAGAAAAUUAUCAGAUUAUUCUGGCUUAAUGGCCAGUGUUCUUUUGUCGUCAUUAUAAACUAUUGAAAAUAUCUUCUCUCAAACGACCAAGCCAAUUGAUACCAAACGUGUCAUAUAUUAUCCCACUGAGGGUCUACUUUAAAAGUUAUGUCCCUUUUACGAAUAAUGGAUGAUGAUCCCCAACCAUCUUGAAAUAUAACCUCAACUGGUACUUGAAACGGAAAAGUUGAUAAAACAAGAAAUGAAGAUUUUGAAAAAUCAUGUGAAUGACCAAUUGCUAUCUAACUCUUGCGAUAUAGUGCCGGCUAUUUUCUUCCAAGUUUAUCAACUUUAAAAGACUUUUUUCAUUGUCUAUACAGGUCCUGGUGAAUUGUGAGUCCCCGAAGGUAUCAUCAGCUCAGAAUUCAGUGUUUCGGUUCUGGCAUGAUUUAUAACAUACAUUUUCUU